GGGCACUGGGUCAUCAGGCAUUGGAUCGUCUGGCUCGACAGCGGGACAUCGGGUCACCAGGCAUGACAGCGGGCACUGGGUCAUCAGGCAUUGGAUCGUCUGGCUCGACAGCGGGCAUCGGGUCACCAGGCAUGACAGCGGGCACUGGGUCAUCGGGUCUGGAUCGACAGCGGGCAUCGGGUCAUCAGGCAUUUGGCUCAACAGAUCAUCAGGCUGGGUACAGACAUCAGGCUGGGUACAGACAUCAGGCUGAAGUGCGGGUGCCGAGGCACCAGGCUGAACCAGGAAGGCAGGUGCUCAGACGGCAGGCUCACCGGAUUGGAUACUGGCAGGAUGGUACUGGUUGGAAAGAAUUUUCGCUUUUUUCUGGUUUUAACUACUGGAGCACUGCAAGUAAACGCAGGUCUGCAAACGAAUGGAGCAGCUGA